CCGCCAAUCUGCCGUCAGAUUGCUACAAACUCUGUACGGUUUUUGCUGCAAAUCUGCAGCAAUUAUCCGACAAUAGGCUCUGUAGCAUAUCUGGCGACAGUUUGGCAGCAAGAUUUGAUAUAACAGAUUUUGCAUCAAAUUUUUUAACUAUUUGUCAUCAAAAAUUAGUACCAAGUUCUGCUCGAAAUCUGUUCGCACAGGUUUGGCUACCUGGGUUGCUGUUGAAUUACGUAAACUCAAGGUGAAGUUCAACAAGUCGAUCUAUGUGGGUAUGUGUAUUCUCGACAUAUCAAAGGUUUGAACUUGUAUGAAUUUCACCACGAGUACAUGUUUCCCCUUCAUCGUCAAAAUUGUAAAAUUAUGUACACCGACACCGAUAGUUUGAUUUAUCAUAUUCAAUGUGAUGACAUUUAUGAAUACAUGAAACGUGAUAUUGACAAAUUCGAUACGAGCGAUUAUCUUGCUGACAAUAUGUACGGUAUACCGCUUGUAAAUAAGAAAGUUCCAGGCUUGAUGAAAGACGAAAACAACGGAGCGAUAAUGAUGGAAUUCGUCGGACUUAGAACAAAGAUGUACGCGUUAAGAGUAUGGUAAAAGGGACGGUAAAAGGGACGCGAAAAAGGCCAAAGACGUUAAGAAUAAUGUCUUAGCGCAAACGAAAACUUUUGACGAUUAUACACAGUGCCUGAGAGAUGAAGUCGAGAAGAGUUGUCAAUAAGUGUAUAUACGAUUAAAAUUGCAUGAAGUCUACACAGUGUCCGGAAAAAAACUCGCUUUGAGUUCAUACGAUGCCAAGCGGUAUAUUGUGCCCGAUUCGACCGACACGUUACCAUGGAGACAUUAUAGGAUACCAUUGUCAAUAUAUAAUGGUUAUAUUAAGUUAAGGUAUAUUUUAAUAUGGUAUGAUAAUUACAAAAUGUAAUAAUAAAUUUAUUCGUUUUACGAAACAUUAUCCUUUUAUAUCCAAGAGUUGUAUGAUUUAUCAAUCCUAAUCAUUUCACCUAAACUUUAUCAUCUUUUCUGCGCAACACUUUUUCUACCAAGUAUACGUUUGUAUUGACGAUGCGAUGCAGUUCAUGUUCGUAGAAUACUCCGGCGAUAGGUUGUCCGCGAAAAUCCUCGAGCAGAUAAGUUACGGGGUUAGUUGCUUGUACUUUGGCAAUGGUAGAUAAUUCGGGAGCGGUGCACUUGGACACGGUGCAUUUGGACACAGCCAAUCACAGCACCGUGUGAUUAGAGACAUUUGUAGGGUCCCUUAGAACAGCGACUUGUGAUUGGACUGUGUCCAAUUGCCUCGUGUCCAACUGAUAUACACCCGAUAAUUCAGUUGUCCAGUUCGGCGUGUAAUCCUUCUCGAAGGUAGUCUUGAAUUUGCUAACACGUACAUGGUCACCCAUUUUGAAUCUAACAGACGCUACGAUUUUUACGUUGCUGUACACCGUACUUAGGAGCUUAUCGGCAAUGGCGGGGGUAACAUCGAUAAGACGCAUUUCGAUGAUUCGAUGUUUACGUCCGUUAUAUCGCGAUACGAAAUUCGGCAACGUAUCGAUUCAUUUCGGGACAGCCCACGCGUAUUUGCUCAGCACAUCGUUAACGGACGCCGACACAAAUAAGCCCGAGAAUCACGCCUGCAGAGGAGGAGGCUGGGAUACCUGUGACCAGGAGAAAGGCUCGAGAGCAGGCUUCAGAGCUCGCGUCGGCGGAGACGGUAACGCUGCAGGAUGUUCUCCUCGAGAUCCGACGGCUACGCGAGGAGCGUCAUGAGCAGACUCAGAGGGAGGCGGAACUCUCAGCGAAGCUGCAACAACAUGAGGAUGAGCUUCUCCGGUUACGGGAAAACCAGAUAAGUCAAUCUGUUGUUAGAGCGUGUAGGGAUUCGGAUUCGCGACAUGCAAAUGAGGAAGACGCGCGCGCGGAGUACGGUUUUAAAUUAAAGACGGAUACGUAUG